GUGGCCGCAGCACCUGUCCGACCUGUUCGGGGACACAUGACUCCGGAGGAAUCUCUCCCUCUGCCCCGGUCCUUUGUUCAGCGGGUCAUUUCAGAGAGAGAGACCAGAAAAAGCGAGCGCCAGAGAAGUGGGGGAGAAGGAGAGAAGUGAGAGAUGUCGGAGCCAGCCGCCAACCCCGCCGCCACCUCGUUCCCCGCGCCGACUCUGUCCUUACCUUUGGGGCUGCAGGUGUUGCGGACUUACUCUGGAGCGCUGAUCUGUGCAGAGAUAAUAUUUGGCAGUCUAGUAUGGAUCCUGGUGGCUUCCUCCGAUCUGCCUGUACCUCUGUUGCAGGGCUGGGUAAUGUUUGUGUCUGUCACCACCUUCGUCCUCUCUUCUACCUACCUCGCUCUCCUCAUCACUGGCUUGGCUGACCGCAUAAACACAGACUGGAACUUCUUGGAUGUGGUUUACCAUUUCUUAGCUUUGCUGUUCUACUUCGCUGCUUUUGUCCUCGAGGCAGCAACUACAGCAGCGAAUGGAGGAGCCCAUGUUAAUAUACAUUCCAACAGCACUGAAUCUAUCCUGUGUAUAACCUACCCUCGGGGCAAUAUAUUCGCUGUCAUGAAUUACAGGCAGUACAGUAUUAAUGUGGUGGCCACGAUAUUUGCAUGUGUGGUGACGCUUUUCUAUGGCUGCAGUCUGGCGAUGGGAUUCAAGAGGUGGAGGAAGUAACAAGAAAAACCACAGAAACUUAUUUUGUAACUAUUUCAUAAAUUAAACGUAUCUUCAACCAUCAUCCACUUCAUUCAUUGAGGUGGAUGAUGCCCUGCACUCAGUUGCUAGUUGCCCCUGCAGUCAGUUGCAUUAUUAUCCUGGUUGGAUCCCCCAGCCAAUCACUACAUCAACAAGGCAUUGGAAUAGUGUAGAUGACAAGAUUUCAGCCCACAUAAAUUUUCCCUCUGACGCACUGAAAGGAUCAGUUUCAAGUUAGUUUAAUUUUUCCUAUCUUUUUAUCGCUUAACACACAAACUUAUUUGGUAAAUUAAAUAAGAAUGGAGAGUGGAUCUUGUACUGUAUAUUAUACAGCAUUUCUUGACUGUAAGGGCCUUGAUUUAAAUUUUUGAUUGGGGGUAAAAAGUGCCUUAGAAAUUAUUUUCACUUGUGAAAUCAAACAAUUAUUGCCCCACUUCAUAAUUCAUGUCACUGCAAAAGAAAAAAAAAAGCACUGUUAUCAGUAGCAUUGAAAAUGUGUCCACACAUAGCACAGAACAGACAACUUGAUGGCAAAAUUCAUUUCAAAGACAAAAAAGUAAGCUGAGAAAUGUUCUCUGUCAAGGAGCUGUGUACUCCUUACAGGUUUAACAUGACUGGAGGCCAAUCUGAUAUUUGGAUUUCUUCCUGUAAAGACUGUUUAUCGGGUAUUCAUUUGUUAUUAAUAGCACUGUAACUGUUAAACACUUUAAGUCAAUAUUUGCCAUGCAUUACCAAGUAUUGUUGUUAAACCCUGCUGGAUGCUGUUUGUCUUUAGUGAUGUACCGAUAACUACAAUAUAUACAAGUUCUGGGGUAAAUAAAUCUGUCACAGAUGAGUUAUUGUAAACUAAUCAUAUAAUCUUGCCAUCAUUCUUUUUUUAAAGGUACUUUAUUUCAUUUUUUUAAUCUACGGAUGGAUUAGUUAGUUAUGUCUACUGCUAAUAGUCUGUUUUUAGUGUUUAUAAAGGUGUUUAUAUUUAACUGUGUUGAUGCAUUAUUUAAAUGCUUUAAUCUUCAAGAGUCUUAGGACAUGAUUUAUUCAGCUCACUUAUUGGUUUGCAGUAGAUAUAUUAUUUAUAAUGGUUUGAAAUUAAAAAUGUUGAUUAUUUUUGACACU